UUGUCCAGUCCUCCUUUCCUCUGAGCGCCACUCUGCGCAUGCGCCGCUCUGGAGUUUAGGGUGGGAGAGUUAGCCGUUAGCCCCGAGAGCUAAUCAGCCGGAGUGUGUAAUGGCGGCCUCAGUGUUGCUGGGGUCUGGCGACAACACCGGACACAACUUCACGGUUGGAGGCGGCAGCAGCGGCGCCGGGAAUGUUUUAGGCGGGAAUAAUAAUAACGGACAUGCAGCGGCGGGUCUCGCGCCCUGGAACCGUUCUCUGGACCGCGCGCUGGACGAAGCCUCGGCCACCGGGAGCCUGAAUCUCAGCGGCAGGAAACUGAAGGAGUUUCCCCGGAGCUCCGUUAACUACGACCUCACAGACACCACCAGGGCCGACUUGUCUCGUAACCGUCUGUCGGAGCUCCCUCUGGAGGUCUGUCUCUUCGUGUCUCUGGAGAGUCUGAACCUUUACCAGAACUGUCUACGGUCUCUGCCGGACAGUCUGCUCAACCUGCAGGCUCUCACCUGCCUCAACCUCAGUCGGAACCAGCUGUCUGUCCUCCCUGUGGUGGUCUGCAGUCUUCCUCUGAAGGUUUUGAUCGCCUGCAACAACAAGCUGGUUUCUCUGCCAGAGGAGCUGGGCCAGCUGAGACACCUCACUGAGCUGGAUGUGAGCUGUAAUGAGAUCCAGACUCUGCCGUCUCAGGUGGGUCAGCUGGACGCUCUGAGAGACCUGAACAUCCGGAGGAACCACCUGGUCCGCCUGCCUCCAGAGCUGGCAGACCUCCCGUUGGUGCGUCUGGACUUCUCCUGUAACAAAGUGACGUCCAUCCCCGUCUGUUACCGACGGCUGACGCAGCUACAGACCAUCGUCCUCGACAACAACCCCCUGCAGACGCCACCUGCUCAGAUCUGCAUUAAAGGGAAGGUCCACAUAUUUAAGUAUCUGAACCUGGAGGCCAGUAAGACGACCCCCGACCUCCCAGACUACGACAGACGGCCUUUAAACUUCGGCUCCUGUGUUGAUGAGCUGUAUCCCGGCCGGCCGUACGGAGCGCUGGAUUCUGGCUUCAACAGCGUCGACAGUGGAGACAAGAGAUGGUCGGGGAACGAGCCUACAGAGGAGCUGUCAGAGCUGCCCCUGAGAGUAGCAGAGAUCAGCCGAGAGCAGAGACAGAGACCUCCGCUGGCCAACGGCACGCAUGUGGAGUCGGAGCAGAUAGACUACAUAGACAGCUGUGUGGGAGAGGAGGAGGAGGAGGAGGAAGGGAGGAGUAGAGCCGCUGGCAGCAGGGACAGCAUCAGCCUGAGCUCUCAGUUCAUGGCCUACAUCGAGAGACGCAUCACCAGAGAGGGUUCUCCAGUAAAGACCAACUCCAGGACAGAAGACACGAGGAGACCCAACAGGAGUGUUGUGGAUGGUGUAACAGCGCCCCCCAGUGCCCAGAGCCAGAGAGGUGUUCUUGGUGUAGGGGGGGUGGAGAGGAUGAGGAGGGAGGCUCAUCUCGCUGCUCUGAGGUACGACGAGGAGAGACAGAAGAAUCGAUCUCUGCAGAGAGACAACGUCAGCAGCUACACCAAGCAUAAAGCAGCUGUGAGUCCAGACAGUGAGAACGUCUACCCCUCCAGACGCUCCACCCACACAGAUGACUCCGCCCUCUUUAUGUCUGUAGACGGCUGUCGUUCUCACGCUUCUGAUAGCUCCACUUCCUGUCUGCUGCAGGGAGAGGACCGAGCAGCGCUGUCUCCCACCGCCAAUCAGUCGCCUUCGUACCCGUCCUCAGGGGGCGGGGCUUCCUGUCGGACGUCUGCUCUGCGACCGGAGAGCUUCCUGUUCCGUCUCAAUCAGAAAGAAGAGAAGAGGAAAGGUGAUGCUGUCUCUCAGCUCCAGCCUCCAGCUGCUCCUCCUCUGGCUGGAGAAGAUGCUGAACGGGUGGAGAUGCUCAGAAAGAAUAUUGAGGCUCGUCUGAAGGUGUCGUUGCCUAGCGACCUGGGAGCAGCUUUGACAGACGGCGUGGUGCUCUGUCACCUGGCCAAUCACGUGAGACCUCGGUCCGUCCCCAGUAUCCACGUCCCCUCCCCCGCUGUGCCUAAACUCACCAUGGCGAAAUGUCGGAGAAACGUUGAGAACUUCCUGGAGGCGUGUCGCAGGAUCGGUGUCCCACAGGACAGUCUGUGUUCAGUGGGGGAGGUUCUGGCGGGAGAAGGUGGCGGCCGUGUUUAUGUGACGCUGGGCGCGUUGCUCUCCAUGGCCCCGCCCCCGAGCAGCCCCUCCCCUCGUUUCCAGCUGGCGGGCUUCGCCCUCUUCUACCUGUCCGUCAUGUCGCUGCUCUGUGCCAUCUACGUGCACCUGGCGCCGCACGUCUGAACACUGAAACCUGACAACGAGACGCCAAAGAGACAGAUAGGGGUGUGAAGCACACGUUUUAUCACCGUACGGUGAAACGUAGUUCCUUCAGACAACCAGACCAUAUUUGUAGGGCUAGGUAUCGGCGAAGGUUUUCCGAAUUGAUGCGAUUCUGAUUCACAAGGUCCCGAAUCGAUUCAGUAUCGAUGGUAGGAACAUUUCAGCUACAAAGCCAAUAUAUCUUGGAUAUAAAGGAGACCAUGUUCCCUCUGACCGGCUGCAUUGUUAAAGCUUUAGUGCGUAACUUUGUUAUAU